CGUCGGUGGAAAAUAAUGUAUCUCGUCUUAGGGGAAUUACAUUCCUGGAAAGGGGAGGAUGUGUGAGUGUCCGUGUGCGGUUGCACGGCACUUUGAUGAAAUCACACGCGCUUUCCGAAGAGCAAUAGAUACGGAAGAGGACAGGAGCUUUGAGGGAGCAGUCUACAGACAGCACCACAGGAGCAUUAGGUUGACAGUGCUCCAUUGAUCGAGGACCAAAAUGGAUGUUUUUAUGAAAGGAUUGUCCAAAGCGAAGGAAGGAGUGGCUGCUGCAGCUGAGAAAACCAAGCAGGGAGUAGCAGAGGCGGCAGAAAAAACUAAAGAGGGGGUUCUCUACGUUGGGUCUAAAACCAAAGAAGGCGUUUCAAGCGUCGUUUCAGUGGCUGAGAAGACAAAGGAGCAGGCCUCUUUGGUGGGUGGUGCAGUUAUCACAGGGGUCUCAGCUGUGGCUCAGAAGACAGUGGAUGGAGCUGGAAACAUUGCAGCAGCCACUGGUCUGGUGAAAAAGGAUGACUUCCCAUCUGAAAUAAAGCCUGAAGAGUUUGGGCAAGAAGCUGUUGAAGAAAUCUUAGGGGAAACUACAAUGGAACCAGAAGGUGAAAUUGAACCUGAAGCAUAUGAAGAGGCUCCACAGGGGCAGUAUGAAGAAUAUGAAGCAGAGGCAUGAAGUACAAUAUGACCAAGAAUAUAAAAAGAAAAAUUGGUGUAAAACAAUUACUCUAAUUGUCUUCUGUUGAUCCAAUGAUUUCUUAUCUUUUUGUUAUUUUGUUAUACAGUGUAAAAGGAUCCUUUGUUAGUCAUACUGUUGUUAUAAAAUUUUAUCUGAUAUGGCUCAUUUCAUUGACUUCCUCCCACUGAAAUGAGACCUUGACUUUGUAGAGAUGACAUUGUUUGUGAACUGUUUCUAUGUAAGAUUUCAUGUGUUUAAGAAGGACAAAUACUAUUGCUAACUUCAAGUUUGAACUUCAAAUUAAAUAGCUAUCUAGCUGUACAUUGCUUGUUUGUGACUAAGUAUUUCAUAUUGACUGAUUUUUUAUACAUUGUUUUACUUGAAUGUUGUUUUAUCGUAACCACCAAAUAUGAACUAAGUAGAAUCUUUAUUAUAAUGAAUUGUGGUAUAAAAGUGUCCAGGUGAGUCACAAAUCAAACAAAUUGAACAAGAGAUGUCUUUGCGCUGAUAAGAAUGCCCACCUGUAAAUAAAAUUAUAGAAUUACAA